GAAUCAACUUCAUACUUGUCCGAGCGUCUCCAUUUUCUAUUUGAGAUAACCAAUACUCGUUCGUUUUACCUGACCAUAACUGAGUAUUUCCUCUGCGCUUCUCGUCCACCUCUUUCCCUUCUUCAUCCAACUGCCAAACCAUAGCCUAAGCAAGUUGAACUGAAGUUCUGGGUGGUACAUCAAUGGAGUUAGUCCACCAAAAUUGCAUCCACGUCUCUCGGUUUUAUUCUCCUCAUCACCAAACCAAGACUAACGCCAUUCUAGAGCGAAGGAAUGCGCAAUCGCGAGCAAUGUUUUCGUUCCAAGGCACGCGGAAAAGAAGCCGCCGCAGAUUCUCGCCUCUUCGUGUUUCGAAUUUGGCGUCGACGCGUCGGAGUAAAAUCUCCACCAACGGUGCAAUAACAAGGAGCACAACACCUACUAGAGAAAUCGAGGGAUCCGAGGGCGUACUAAUCGGAAAGUCUAGCAGUGCAAUGGAACAGCUAGAUAUCGAGCGUGGUGUUUGCGUGCCGUUUCGCAAGUACUCUCCGGAGACAGUGAGGAAUAAGGUACUGGAAUCUAAAGGAGCAAUUCUAUCGCUUGCUUUACGUGGUGUGGAAAUAGUCUGGAAUUUGGGCUUAUAUUGGUCCACCUUGAUGUACGAUUUCUUUGUCGGGAGGGACGAGGAGGUUGUUCCAUAUCGUGCAAGGCAGCUUAGAAAUCUUUUAUGUAAUUUGGGGCCUUCUUUCAUCAAAGCUGGACAGGUUCUUGCAAACAGACCUGAUAUCAUUCGAGAAGAUUAUAUGAAUGAACUCUGCAUACUUCAAGAUGAUGUUCCUCCUUUCCCCAAUCAGGUUGCUUUUAACAUUAUAGAGGAGGAACUCGGUCAACCCCUUGAAGCUGUCUUCAGCAAAAUAUCACCACAGACAAUAGCAGCUGCAAGUUUGGGUCAAGUUUAUCGAGCUACUCUACGAGCCUCCGGAGAAGAUGUUGCGAUCAAGGUGCAGAGGCCUGAGAUAGAGCCUAUAAUUUACCGGGACCUUUUUCUAUUUCGAACUCUUGCAUCAUUCUUAAAUGGCAUAAGCCUACAGAAACUGGGCUGUAAUGCUGAGCUGAUAGUUGAUGAGUUUGGAGAAAAGCUUUUGGAGGAGCUUGAUUACACCUUGGAAGCUCUUAAUAUUGAAGACUUCAUAGAGAAUUUCAAAGAUGAUCCAACCGUCAAGAUUCCUCGGGUUUACAAAAAUCUUUCUGGUUCACGUGUUUUAGUGAUGGAAUGGAUUGAUGGCAUCCGUUGCACUAAUCCACAGGCCAUCAAGGAAGCUGGAAUUGAUGUAAAUGGAUUCCUAACAGUUGGAGUGAGUGCUGCUCUUAGGCAAUUGCUAGAAUUUGGAUUAUUUCAUGGAGAUCCACAUCCUGCAAAUAUUUUUGCUAUGCGUGAUGGGCGUAUUGCCUAUGUGGAUUUUGGGAAUGUAGCUGUACUUAGUCAGCAAAAUAAGCAGAUUUUGAUUGAUGCUGUUGUCCAUGCUGUUAAUGAGGAUUAUGCUGAGAUGGCAAAUGAUUUCACCAGGCUCGGUUUCUUGGCUAGUGGGACUGAUGUUUCUCCAAUUAUUCCAGCUUUAGAAGCUAUCUGGCAGAACUCUGCUGGCAAAGGACUCUCUGAUUUCAAUUUCCGAAGUGUAACUGGGCAAUUUAAUAAACUGGUGUAUGACUAUCCAAUUCGUAUCCCAGAGAGAUUUUCUCUUGUUAUACGUUCUCUGCUGACUCAAGAGGGUAUUUGUUUUACGCUGAAGCCGGAUUUUAAAUUUCUUGAGGUUGCCUAUCCAUAUGUUGCAAAACGUCUCCUAACAGACCCAAAUCCUGCCCUUCGUGAACGUCUUAUACAGGUUUUAUUUAAAGAUGGUGUCUUCCAGUGGAAACGGCUCGAAAACCUAAUUGUCCUUGCAAAGGAAAAUGUGGCCAAGAUGAGCAGUAACCCAGCGUUCCGAGUCAAGAACAUAGAACAUUCAAGGAGCUGGCAAGUGCAAAAAAAGCUAGACCUUACAGACACCAUUAAAGAUGGGGCUCGUCUUUUCCUAUUUGAUGAAGGAAUCCGUAGACAGCUUAUUCUUGCUCUGACUGAAGACUCCAAGCUUCAUGUACAAGAGCUUGUGGAUGUAUAUAGACUGGUUGAAGAUGAGAUAGAUAUUCCCUCAGUUGCAAGGGAAGUUGUACAAGAUCUUCCCAACGUUGUUCGAGAUCUCAUGCUUUCCUGGAGUAACUCUGUCCUAUCAGAUAGAUGAUUCGAGUUUGGAGAAGCAGUAUGAUAAUGCAAAUAUCUAUAAUCCACCUGAGAAGUAUUGUAAAACACACUUAGGAUGGUAUUCUUGGUCUGAUUUCUUCCUACAGGAGAUUGUUUAUUAAGUAGCAAACACAAAGAAAAUGAAUUAAAAUUGAAAAACAUCCUGAAAACUGUAUAGAAAAUUAUUCCUCCGCCCUUUUACCCCCAUAGAUGUACAGGAAGUUAUUUAUACAGGGAAAAUACUGAAAAAAUUGUUGCAGAAUGGAAAAAUUAUAUUAGUCGUAA